CUAUCAGUUUCUCCAGUGAAGGGAGCAGCUGGCUCCGCACAAAAUGCAGCAUUUCACCAGCCCCCGUGCAAUAAUCGGGUAAACCACAAUUUUUGUUAAAACGCUAAUCUCAAACAUGUUCCCCUGUUAGCGUGAUCCAUGCAUUUUUGGAUCUUGUCGGCCUUGAGUGGGCGAGCAAAAGCGAGGAGCACCACCAGUGUCGCCAAAUAUGAUGACAUCUCUGUGGUAGGAUGAGAAGUCCAGUACCGCGUUUCAGGGACGUCGAGAGGCAGGCCAGUGGCCUGCAGCCUGUACAGUGUCUUCCUCCCUGUCAUGAGCGACAGAAUAUCAUGUGGUUCAUCAAAGAUGCCUGCGGCAUCGUUUGUGCGAUCAUCACCUGGCUUCUCGUCAUCUUUGCUGAGUUUGUCGUGCUGUUCGUCAUGCUGAUUCCAUCGAAGAACCUCACCUACAGCCUGGUGAAUGGCACACUCUUCAACAGCCUGGCCUUCCUCGCCUUGGCAUCUCAUUUCAGAGCCAUGUGCACUGACCCGGGAGCCGUGCCAAAGGGCAACGCCACAAAGGAGUACAUCGAGAGCUUGCAGCUGAAGCCAGGCCAGGUGGUUUACAAAUGUCCCAAGUGCUGCAGUAUUAAGCCGGAUAGAGCUCACCACUGCAGUGUUUGUAAGCGUUGUAUACGGAAGAUGGAUCAUCAUUGCCCUUGGGUAAACAAUUGUGUCGGGGAAAAUAACCAGAAGUACUUUGUGCUUUUCACAAUGUACAUUUCCCUGAUCUCUCUGCAUGCCUUGGUCAUGGUGGUCUUUCAUUUUCUCUACUGCUUUGAAGAUGACUGGACAAAGUGCAGCACCUUCUCCCCUCCAUCCACUAUCAUCCUCCUCAUCCUCCUGUGCUUUGAGAGCCUCCUCUUCCUCAUCUUCACCUCUGUGAUGUUUGGAACCCAAAUCCAUUCCAUCUGCACAGAUGAGACGGGCAUAGAGCAGUUGAAAAAGGAAGAGAGAAGAUGGGCUAAAAAAACAAAAUGGAUGAACAUGAAGGCGGUAUUCGGACACCCCUUCUCGAUAGCAUGGUUAAGCCCGUUUUCCACACCUGACCACGGGAAGGCUGACCCCUACCAGUAUGUGGUCUGAGCUCAGGAAGCUUUAAGCUAGAGACUCGAGUGCACUUGGACUGCCUUUAUAAACAGCAUCUUUUAAUUUGUUUGUAAUCCUGACUCAAACGGAGCAUUUACCAGUGAGACUAAAUCACCUUCAUCUUCUUUUUUUUCAGGGAACAAAUCAUUGCAUAUCCAAUUAUCCUUGCCUCUAUUUAUUUUAAUUCAGAACAGAAAAGGAAUGCUUUACCAUGUCAUAAUCUCAAGCAUCUCUGCCUAGCUACACCGAAAUGAAGAUGAAUGUUGCGCAGAUAAUAGAAGCCAAUUUAUGCUAAUAUAACCGCUAUUGUAAUCUUGCCAGACUGUCCACAAUGAUAACCUACUUUCUGAAGGUACUUUUAAACAAUCAGUUGUUAUUUUAUUUUAUUUUUUAUACCUAGCUACAGUAUAAGAGCACUGACAACCAUUCAAUUAAAUGGUUUAUUAUGCUGACAAAAAAACGUUUAAGGGCAGUUUUUACCAAGGAUGAUAACUGUAAUGAUAACUAAAAAUCAUUAUGGGAGAAUAGUGAAGUCCACACUAACAUCUACUUUCUAACAUUA